CUUUACGUUACGACGACGAGUGGUGCUCUUUGUCAAUAGUGUUUUUCCGUGCUAGCGUAUCGUGUCGCGAUGUAAAUUAUCUGCCGGUGUUUGUUGUUCCAUAAAACGCGCGCUUCUUAACUUUUAUAAAACUAUUGUGACACUUUGAAAUAAUAAAUAUUUUAUAAUAAUGUUGUUUCAUGUGUACAAGUCUAUUUAACUACAAUUAUUGCUUGUGAAAUCAGUACACAUUGAUUUAGUAUGAUUGGGUCGUUAUUUUUGGGCUCACCGGACGUAUUCGAAUGUUUGGUGCUUCGUUUUUUUUUACUCUUGAAUUUUGUCGUAAAGUAUACUCGUGUGAAAAGCAUGAGCGAGUAAUUUAGAACUUUUAAUAUUGGAUGUCGGUGAUGAUCAAAUAAUCUCUCGUGGCACGGAAUAGUGCGGUGAUCGAGGAUGUCUGUGUCGGGGACCACAACACCGACGGCGGUGGAAGCGCCAGCUCUAGACGACCGCGACAUGGAGCCGCGGACUCCUAUGAAGCGUCUCGGUUCUACGAGGAAACUGGCAGCUUUUAAUAACAUCCGCGUGCAGCUCUCUGAGCAGACUCGUGUGCUGGAGGCGCGCGCGGAGGCGGCUGCGGGCGUGGCGGGCGAGCUGCACGACUACUGCCGCCGCCGAGCAGACCUCGAGCACGAGUACUCGCGAGCGCUCGACAAACUGGCGCGCGCAGCCGCGCAGCGGCACAAGGACCAGAAGCACAAACGAGAGCAGUGGCCUUUAACCGGAGCGUACGCCUGCUGGCAAGCAGCGCUCGAUAACACUCGGGCGCUGUCUCGCGAUCACGCCGCGCUCGCGGACCUCUAUGGUGGACCUCUCGCCGCCCGUCUGCAGCGCGCCGCCGAUGACGUGCUGCGAUUGCAUAGGAAAUGUCGAGAUAUCGUGGCGGAGCGGCACGAGGAGGUGGGCGUGGCUCUGGCGGAGGCGGCGGCGGGCGGCAAGGCGCACGCGGCCGCCGCGGCCGAGUGGCGCGCCGCCGCGCUCAAGCUGCGCCACGCGCACCACGCGCGCCAGGCGCUGCUGGCCGCCGACCCGCCGCGCCACAAGAAGAUCAAGGCGCUCGACAAGGAACUCGAAAAGCGUCGGACGCGACACAGUGAGGCUCGACAGAAGGCGUUGCGGGCUCGAGCAGAUUACGUGCUCAGCUUAGAGGCGGCUAACGCUACCCUACAGAGAUACUACCUCGACGACAUCGCAGAUAUAAUGCUGUGCACGGAGGUCGGCUUCGAGGCGGUGGUGGGGCGCGCCGUGCGCACGGCCAGCGCGGCGGAGAGCGCGCGCGCGCAGGCCGUGUGCGCCGCCGCCGGCGCGCUGCUCGCCGCCGCCGACGCGCUCGACGCGCUCGCCGACCGCCAGCGCUUCGUGGCCGCGCACCCCGCCGCCUUCGCCCUGCCGCGCCCGCUGCCCUACCUCGGCGACGCGCCGCCCGCGCAGGACAAGGAGAUGCGCGAGCUGCUGGAGGGCGCGGCCGACGAGCGCGACGAGGCGGCGGACGCGGCCACGCGGGACCUCUCGCAGCGCCUCGUGCAGCUGGAGGCCAGCGCGCGCACCCUCCGCGCCGAGUGCCGCGAGGCCGCCAAGACGCUCGACGCCGCCGAGGCGGAGCUCGUGCGCCAGAUGGAGGGGCCCGACGCCACCUGGGAGGUGGACACGCUGUUCGGAGCCACGGCCGUGCCGCCCGCGCCCCCUCCCGCCGAGGACGAUGCGCCGCGAAGAGACCAGGAGGACUACUAUCUCGCGAAGUUCAGAUCGUACGUGUCGUGCGCGGGCCGCCUGGCGCGGCUGGAGAGCAAGGCGGUGGCGGUGCGCGAGCGCCUGCUGGGCGGCAGCGCGGGCGCCGCGACCCCGCGCUCGCCGCCCUCCCCCCCGCGCCGCGCCGCCGCGCGCCGCCGCGGACACUUCGCCGCGCCGCUCGACGACCGCCUGCCCGCCGUGCUCACGUCCUGCGUGCGCGUCAUCGCCACCUACGGUCUGAACCACCAGGGAGUGUUCCGCGUGUCGGGCUCGCAGGUGGAGAUGCAGGCGCUGCGCGCGGCUUUCGAGCGCGGCGAGGACCCUCUGGCGGACGUGCGCGACGCCUCCGACAUCAACUCCGUGUGCGGCCUGUUGAAACUGUACCUGCGCGAACUGCGGCCGCCCCUACUGCCGCCGCAGCUGCAGGAGCGGCUGCUGCGCGUGGCGGCGCUGCCGGACGACGCGUCAUUCGUGCGGCGCCUGCGCGACACGCUGGCCGCGCUGCCGCUGCCGUCGCUGCUCGUGCUGCGCUACCUGUUCGCGUUCCUGGCGCACCUGACCGAGCACGCGGACCGCAACAUGAUGGACGCGUGGAACCUCGCCAUCUGCCUCGGGCCCACGCUGCUGGCGGCGUGGGGCGAGGGCGGCGCGCAGGUGGCGGCGCAGAACCUCGUCAACGAGCUGGUGAAGCGCGCCAUCCUGCACCACGCCGACGUGUUCCCGCAAGACGUGGCCCCGCACGCGCUGUACCGGCGCGCCGAGCCGGCGCCCGGCCCGGAUGCGGCCGGCCCGGACGCGCCCGACGCGCCGCUCGCCGCCUGCGCGCGCGCCGACGACGAUGACGCGCAGCGCGAUCUUUCGCUGUACGAUGACGACGAAGACGACGACGACGACGACGAUGACGACGACGACGGCGCCGUCAGCGACCUGGACGCCGACGCGGACUGGCGCCGCCCCGCGCCGCGCCGGUCGUCGAGCGGCGAGCGGCGCGCCCCGCAGGCCGGCAGCGACCCGCCGGCGCCCGUCGCGCACGACGCCUGCAGUCGGCUGGCGGAGAGCACGCCCGACCUCGUGCUCGACCUGCCCGCGCGCGCCGCCGACGCCGCCGACACCUUCGCGCACAACCGCGACACGCUCCGCAAGCGCCCCGCGCACCCCGCGCACCCCGCGCACCCCGCCGCCCACAGACAGACGUGCUCGGAGGGCGGGGAGGCGCGCGCGCCGGAGGGCGAGGCGAGCGGCGGCAGCCCCGUGCCGGCGCGCAACACCAUGCGCGUGGCCGCCAAGUUCGCGGAGCUCACGCUGACGGGCGGCUCGCUGAAGCCGGCGCUGGCCGCCAAGCCGGCGCUGCUGCGGCGCCCCACCCCGCACCCCGCGCACCCCGCGCGCGCGCCCGCGCCGCCCGUCGUGCCGCCCGCGCCGCCAGUCGCGCAGGCGCGCCGCGGGCUGCCCGCUUCCAAACUGUCCGGCAGAGAGCGCCGCGGUGUCGUUUAGGUGUAAGUGUAUGUAUCCGUGACGACUCGAUGCAGAUGAUUCUCUCUCUCGAGUGUAAUAUUGACAGCGAGCGUCGUUUUGCUCCCGAAGCCGAGGAGUCGUCGACGGCUUCCGAGGCGCAGAGAG